AUGUCGUCCUCGGACGAGGAGACGCUGAGCGAGCGCUCGUGCCGGAGUGAGCGCUCGUGCCGCAGCGAGCGCUCGUGCCGCAGCGAGCGCUCGGGCAGCCUCUCGCCCUGCCCGCCCGGCGACACACUGCCCUGGAACCUGCCGCUGCACGAGCAGAAGAAGCGCAAGAGCCAGGACUCGGUGCUGGACCCGGCCGAGCGCGCCGUGGUGCGCGUCGCAGAUGAACGGGACCGAGUCCAGAAGAAAACCUUCACUAAAUGGGUCAAUAAGCACUUGAUGAAGGUGCGCAAGCACAUCAACGACCUGUACGAAGACCUGCGGGACGGCCACAACUUGAUCUCGCUGCUGGAGGUCCUGUCCGGGGUGAAACUGCCACGCGAGAAGGGCCGCAUGCGCUUCCACAGGCUCCAGAACGUGCAGAUCGCCCUGGAUUUCCUGAAGCAGCGGCAGGUGAAGCUGGUGAACAUUCGCAACGAUGACAUUACGGACGGCAACCCCAAGCUCACCCUGGGGCUCAUCUGGACCAUUAUCCUGCACUUCCAGAUCUCCGACAUCUACAUCAGUGGAGAGCUGGGAGAUAUGUCGGCCAAGGAGAAGCUCCUGCUGUGGACCCAGAAGGUGGCAGCAGGGUACAUUGAAGUGAAGUGCACCAACUUCUCCUCGUGCUGGAGCGACGGCAAAAUGUUCAAUGCGAUUAUCCACAGAUACAGGCCAGACCUGGUGGACAUGGACAGAGUACAAAUACAGAGCAACCGAGAGAACCUGGAGCAGGCGUUUGAGAUCGCGGAGCGGCUCGGUGUCACUCGGCUGCUGGAUGCAGAAGAUGUGGAUGUGCCAUCUCCAGAUGAGAAGUCUGUGAUAACUUACGUGUCUUCCAUCUACGAUGCCUUUCCCAAGGUCCCUGAGGGAGGAGAAGGCAUCAGUGUUAUUGAAGUGGAUUCCAAGUGGGUGGAAUAUCAGAGCCACGUGGAGUCUCUCAUGUCGUGGAUCAGACAGCACACGAUACUGAUGUCGGAUAAAUCCUUCUCCAAGAACCCUGUGGAGCUCAAGGCUCUUUAUAAUGAGUAUAUACACUUCAAGGAAACUGAAAUCCCAUUGAAGGAGCAGGAGAAGGGAAAGAUAGAGGAGGUCUACAAACUCUUAGAGGUAUGGAUUGAAUUUGGCCGCAUCAAGUUGCCCCAGGGCUACCACCCCAAUGAUGUAGAGGAGGAGUGGGGCAAGCUGAUCAUAGAGAUGCUGGAGCGUGAGAAGCUCCUGCGGCCGGAGGUGGAAAGGCUGGAACUACUGCUACAUAUUGCUAACAAAAUCCAUAACGGUGCUCUGAACUGUGAAGAAAAACUCACUUUUGCGAAGAACUUGCUGCAAGCUGACACUGCUCAUCUGCAGUCUGGGCAGCCGGUGCAGAAGGAAUCCGACGUGGUCAUGUACCUGCAGGAGUGUGAGGUGCUCAUCCGCCAGCUCCAGGUGGAUGUGCAGAUCCUUCGGGAUGAGAAUUACUACCAACUGGAGGAGCUCGUGAUCAGGAUCACCCGUCUGCAAGAGGAGCUGCAGGCACUGCGCCUCGAGUGCACUAACCUCUACAGGAAAGGCAACUUCCCUGCCCUGGGGCACAUGCCCAUCUCCAUGCAGAGCAUCAUACAUGUGAAGAGAGAGGCGCUGAGCAAAGGGCUGCACACCUCGUCCGGCUCCUGGUUCCGUAAGCCCAUGACCAGGACAGAGCUCGUGGCCAUCUCCUCCUCUGAGGAUGAGGGCAGCCUCCGGUUCGUGUACGAGCUGCUGGCCUGGGUGGAAGAAAUGCAGGUGAGACUGGACCGUGCAGAAUGGGGGAACGACCUGCCGAGUGUGGAGUCGCAUAUGGAGACCCAGCGACACGUGCACAGCAGCGUGGAGGAGCUGGCCUCCAGCGUGAAGGAGGCCCAGAUGUAUGAGGGUAAAAUAUCUCGGAAUUUCCGCACUAGCUACGCUGAGACGCUAGGCAAGCUGAAGACACAGUACUGCAAGCUCUUGGAAACGUCGAGCUUCCGCCUCAAACAUCUCCAGAGCUUGCAUGGAUUUGUGUCUCAAGCCACUGCUGAACUGAUUUGGUUGAAUGAGAGGGAGGAAGAGGAACUGGCAUAUGACUGGAGUGACAAAAACCCAAACAUUGCAGCUAAGAAGAUCUAUUUCUCGGAGAUGACAAUGGAGCUGGAAGAGAAGCGGGGCGUCUUCUGGUCCCUGCAAGAUACAGCAGAGAUGCUGUCCCUGCAGAAUCACCCAGCCAAGCAAACCGUAGAGGCCUACAGCGCUGCCGUGCAGACGCAGUGGCAGUGGAUCAAGCAGCUGUGCCUGUGUGUGGAGCAGCACGUGAAGGAGAACACCGCCUAUUUCCAGUUCUUCAGCGAUGCCCGGGAGUCGGAAGCCUACCUGCGGAGCCUGCAGGACUCCAUCAAACGGAAGUAUACGUGUGACCACAACAUGAGCCUCAGUCAACUGGAGGACCUGCUGCAGGACUCCAUGGAUGAGAAGGAGCAGCUUAUUCAGGCCAAGAGCUCUGUCGCCAGCCUGACGGGACAGUCCAAAACCAUCGUGCAGCUCAAACCGAGGAACCCAGACCACGUUCUGAAGAGCACAAUCCCCAUCAAAGCGGUUUGCAAUUAUAGUCAGAUUGAGAUCACCAUCUGCGUGAACGACGAGUGCGUGCUGGAAGACAACUCGCAGAGGACCAAGUGGAAAGUGAUCAGCCCCACGGGCAACGAGGCCAUGGUGCCCUCUGUGUGCUUCCUCAUCCCUGCUCCAAACAAAGAGGCCAUCGAGACGGCUAACAGGGUUGAGGAGCUGUAUCAGAAGGUGAUUGGUGUCUGGCACCAACUCCAUGUGAACAUGAAGAGUGUCAUCUCCUGGAACUACCUGCGGAAGGACCUCACCCUGGUGCAAGGCUUCACCGUGGAGAAGCUGAGAUCCUUGAGUGAAGAGGAUUGUCAGCGUGUCAUGAAGAGCCUCCAGGCGCACCACGAGGACUUCCAGCAGGACUGCCGCGACUCCCAGAUGUUCUGCGUGUCCGACCAGCUGAGUUUGGAAGAGGAAGUCGAGUCUUCCAAAGAAUACAUGCAGCAGCUGCUUGAAUCUCUUGAGAAAGAGGACAAGGACGAGACUGUUGCCAGGACCUAUCUCUCCGAGGUCAAGAACAUCCRUCUGGGCCUGGAGGAGUGGGAGAAGAGUCUGUUGGAGCUAAUCCAGUCUCCAGGCAGCGCCUGGCCAGAUGGUGACGUUCUCCUGGAAAGCACUAUCCGCAUUUCAAAGUAUGAGCACAUGCAGGAUGGUCUCCAUCAGCUGAAAGGUAAUGUGCAGAGCAUUUCUGAGAGAUGCUACCAUUUCUUCAAGAAAGCACCAGCGGGGCCCAGCACCCCACAUUUGCGCUCGGAGCUUGAUUUGCUGUUCAGUACGGUGGACCAGAUAGAUGCACGCUCUGCCAUCUACCAGGAGAAGUUAAAGACGCUUGAUGCUAUUAUUCGCAAUACCCAAGGAGCAGAGUCUCUAGUCAAAGACUAUGAAGUUAAGCUGAGCCAGGAGGAGGCAGUCCCAGCUGACCUGAUGACUCUUCAGUCUCACAGAUCGACAUUACAGCAAUGGCUGGGUGAAGUGAAGGACAAGAGCCACAUGUUCUCCUCCUUGGAAGACGACUUAGGAAAGGCUGAGGUGGUGACAGAGAAGCUGCAGCAGCGCCUGAGACAGGAGCGCAACAUUGACCUCGAGCGCUAUCAGGAGAAGGUGAACCAGCUCCGAUAUCGCUGGCAGAGAAUCUCCGUGCAGAUUGAGAACCGCUGUACGGAGCUGGAAAACAUCCAGGAAGUGCUCGGUGACUACCGCAAGUGCCGCAGCACCCUGAUGCAGUGGAUUGAGGAGAUCACCAUCCAGCAGGAACUUAUGCARCCAGGGCAAGCAGAAGACAGCAAGGUGCUGUCAGAGCAGCUGAGCAAGCAAACGGCUUUGGCUGCGGAAAUUGAGAAAAAUCAAGCCAAACUGGACCAGUGUCAGAAAUUCUCUCAGCAGUACUCGGCUGCUGUCAAGGACUAUGAGUUGCAGCUCAUGACAUACAGGGCGUUUGUUGAAUCACAGCAGAAGUCUCCCAUGAAACGCCGGCGCAUGCCUUCCUCCUCGGAUGUCAUCACGCAGGAGUUCAUGGAUCUGCGGACUCAAUAUACGGCUCUGGUCACACUGACAACGCAGCACGUGAAGUACAUCAGUGAUGCGCUCCGGCGCUUGGAGGAAGAGGAGAAAGCAGUGGAGGAAGAGAAGCAGGAACAUGUGGACAAGGUGAAGGAACUGCUGGGCUGGGCCUCUGGCUUGAGGCAGAGUGUGCAAGGCAAGACUGCUGCUGCCCCGAGCAGGGAGCUGGUAGACAUUGAGAAAUCCAUCUUGGAGCAGCAGGCUCUAAACGAAGAGCUGGCUGCAAAGAAGGAACAGGUCUCCGAGGCCAUCAAAACUUCCCAAAUUUUUCUGGCGAAACACAGCCACAAGCUUUCCCAUCAGGAGAAGGAACAGGUUUCUGCUCAGAUUGGUGCUCUGAAGGAGACCUACGAGGGGCUCUGCAACGAUUCCAGUGAGCACCUCCAGCAACUGCAGAGCCAGCUGGCUCAGGAGACGGAGCACAAGACGCUGCAGGAGCGGCAGGCGGCCUGCGCGCAGAGGCUGCAGGAGCUGCGCGCCUGGCUGCGCGCCGCCGGGGACACGCUGGCCGAGCAGCCCGCGGCGCCCGGCGCCGCCGACCUGGCCACCUUGCAGCAGAGGCAGAGCAGGGUUAAGGAGCUGCAGAGGAGCAUGAACACCCAGGCAGCCUCCUUUGCCGGUGUGCUGAAAACCACCGAGCAGUUCUUGGAGGAGAACAAGGUGAAGAUGAAGCCCGAGGAGCUGGCAGCGCUCCAGGAGAAGCUGCAGCAGGCCAAGGAGCAGUACCAGGCCCUUCAGGAGAGGGCAGAGACAGCCCAGAAGGAGCUGGAGAGCGCCGUGGCAGCCGCGGUGCAACAGGAGACCGAGAAGGCAAAAGCUUCCGAAGAGCUGGAGGCAAACAGGAACAAAAUCGAUUCCCUUCUGAACUGGGUGGCAUCACUGGAGCAGAAGGAAGGGAUCCUGGAGUACAAGCCCCACCUCCCCGAGCCGGCAGCACAAGCAGGCCGGGAUGCUCAGGACGCUCCUGAUGGCCAUGGAGGCGACAGCAUUGCCAAGGAGCUGGAGGAGCAGUACGAGGGGCUGAAGGGGCAGCACCAGGAGCUGCUGUCCCAGCAGCAGGACAUCAUCCUGGCCACGCAGGUGGCACAAGCUUUCCUGGACAAGCAAGGACACAACCUCACGCCGGAGGAGCGGGAUGCGCUCCAGGGCCGGCUGGCGGAGCUGAAGGACCAGUACGGGAGCUCGCUGUCGCGGUCGGAGACGCAGCUGAAGCAGGUGCAGGAGCUGCGGGACGAGCUGCAGAAGUUCCUGCGCGAUCACGGAGAGUUCGAGGCAUGGCUGAAGCAAGCGGAGCAAGACCUGGAAGGGAUGUACAGAGGGGACAGCGACUCGGCAUCGCUCCAGCAGCUGCUGCUCCGACAGGGAAGUUUCUCGGAGGACGUCAUCUCCCACAAGGGCGAUUUGCGCUUCGUCACCAUGUCGGGGCAGAAGGUGCUGGAUGCAGAGGGAGCUGCCAAGGACGGAGGUGCCCGGCCCCUGACGUCGGGAAGCGUCGUCAGGAGCAAGCUGGAGGACGCGACGCAGCGAUACACCGCCCUGCACACCAAGUGCACCAAGCUUGGCUCCCACCUGAGCACCUUGCUGGGUUACUACAAGCAGUUCCAGGAUGUGGCAGAAUCUCUCAAGACUUGGCUGCAGGAGAGCGAAGCAGCAGUUGGGAAACUUGUCUCGGAGACAGUUUCUUCAGAUCCUACUGUUCUGCAGAAGCAACUUGCUAGUGCUAAGGAGCUGCAAGGAGACCUGGCCGAGCACCAGGUACCUGUGGAGAAGCUCCAGAAAGCAGCUCGUUCACUGCUGGAGAUUCAAGGAGAGCCAGCCCCUGACCGUGGACACAUUCGAGAAACCACAGAUGCCAUCGUGAGCUGCUUCCGCAGCCUUUCCCAGCAGAUGGCAGAGCGCUCCGACCUGCUGCAGAAAUCCAUCGCCCAGUCCCAAAGCGUCCAGGAGAGCCUGGAAAGUCUCCUGCAGUCCGUGGCUGAGAUUGAGAAGAGCCUGGAGGAGAAGCAGCCGACUGCUCUCUCCUCUGCCUCCAUCCAGGACUCGCUCGCCACCAAUGCGAAGCUGAAGCAGGACAUUGCCAGGCAGAAGAGCUGCCUGGAAGCCACCCGCGAGAUGGUGACGCGGUUCACGGAGACGGCGGACGGCGCCACCGCCUCUGCCCUGCGAGGGAAGCUGGCGGAGGUGACGGAGCGGUUUGGCCGCCUGUGCCGGCAACAUCAAGAGAAGGAGGAUGCCCUCAAAGGCCUCCUGCCCAAGGUGGAGCAGUUCGAGCAGCUCUCAGAGAAGCUGCAGCAGUUCACAGAGAGCCGAGCGCGGAUGUUGGCAUGCGGGAACCAGCCGGAGCGUGACAUUACUCAUUUCUCCCAGCACAUUCAGGAACUGAACUCAGAGUUGAGGCAGCAGCAGGAGGACCUGGAAGCUCUGGAGCACCUGGCAGCUGAGCUGGGCUCCUGCGGCUUCCCGGUGGGCACCCCACAGCAGGAGAAGGUGCAGGGCCUAAAGAAGGACUUCCUGCAACUGCAGAAAGUGGCAAAGGAGAGAGAAAAGGACGUGUCUGCCUGCCAGCAGCAACUGGACGACUUCCGAAAGCUGGUCGGAGCUGUGAGGAAGUGGGUGAAGGAGAGCGAGGGGAAGGUGCCACCCGCAGAAACCUCCCUGGGCCCCCAGGAGCUGCAGAAGGGCCUGCAGCAGCUCCAGAUUCUACUGGAAGAAUGGACGGGGAAGGGAGCCCAGGUGGAGGAGAUCACUCAGCGCGGGGCAGCCCUGGAGAACCUGAUUGUGGAGCUUACGGCCCCCGAGGCCCAGGCCAAGGCAGGUCCUGUGCUGCCCGCGCUGGGAGGAGCGGCAGGCAGCGUGAACGGAUACCACACCUGCAAAGACCUGACGGAGAUCCAGUGCGACGUGGCGGACGUGAACCAGCAGUACGAGGGCCUCGGCGCCGCCCUGCGCGAGCGGCAGCAGCGGCUUGCGGCGAUGCUGGAGAAGAUGCGAGAAGCGCAGGAGGAGGCGACUGCCCUGCUCAAGUGGCUGGAGUCGAAGGAACGCGCCUUGUCCGAGCUGGAGGCCUCCUCCUCGCCCACCAAGACGGAGACCAUGAGAGCUCAGGCAGAACACAAUAAGGAAUUCCUGGCUGAAUUGGAGCAGAACUCAGGGAAGAUGCAAAAAAUAAAUGAUGCACUCUCUGAUUUGCUGGAGAAAUAUCCAGAUUCUCCAGAAGUAGCAAAUUGGAAGAAAAUGAAAGGAGACCUGAAUUGCAGGUGGGAAAAAGCCAACCAGGCGACAGCCGAACGGCAGCAGAAACUGGAGGAGUCGGUUAACCAGUUGGCCAGCUUCCAGGCUGCUGAAACGCAGCUGCGGCCCUGGCUCCUGGAGAAGGAGCUGAUGAUGAGCGUGCUGGGCCCCCUGUCCAUUGACCCCAACAUGCUCAACGCGCAGAAGCAGCAGGUCCAGUUUAUGCUGAAGGAAUUUGAAGCUCGCAGACAACAGCACGAGCAGCUAAACCAGGCAGCCCAGAGCAUCUUAACGGGCCCUGGGGAUGUGUCGCCGUCGACUAGCCAGGUGCGAGAAGAGCUCCAAGGGGUUAAUCAGAAAUGGUCGGAGCUCACGGAGCGCCUCAACUCCCGCUCCAGCCAAAUCGACCAGGCCAUAGUGAAGAGCACCCAGUACCAGGAACUGCUCCAGGGCCUGUCUGAGAAGGUGAAGGUGGUCGGGCAGCGCCUGAGCAGCCAGUCUGCCGGCAGCACGCAGCCCGACGCCGUCAAGCACCAGCUGGAGGAAACCAGUGAGAUCCGUUCGGAGCUGGAGCAGCUGGAGGAGGAGAUCGCAGAGGCGCAGACCCUCUGCGAUGACCUCUCUGUCCUCAUUGGAGAACAGUAUCUCAAAGACGAGCUGAAGAAGCGUUUGGAGACUGUGGCACUUCCUCUUAAAGGACUGGAAGACCUGGCAGCCGACCGGAUGAACCGACUGCAGACUGCGCUUGCGAGUUCCCAGCAGUUCCAGCAUAUGUUUGAUGAACUCAGGACCUGGCUAGAUGACAAGCUGUGCCAGCAAGCUCAGAGCCAACCUAUUUCUGCUAAACUGGAGAGGCUGCAGAGCCAAAUUCAGGAGCAAGAAGAGUUCCAGAAGAGCCUCAACCAACACAGUGGCUCCUAUGAGAUGAUUGUAGCUGAGGGAGAAUCUUUGCUGCUUUCAGUGCAGCCUGGAGAGGAGAAGACUGCUCUGCAAAACCAGUUGUUUGGCCUCAAAACGCACUGGGAAGAGCUCAGCAAGCAGGUUGCUGAUAGACACUCUAAGCUCAAGGACUGUUUGCAGAAGGCUCAGAAGUACCUGCGGUAUAUGGAGGACCUGCUCCCCUGGGUGGAGGACUGUAAGGCAAAGAUGUCAGAGCUGGAAGUAACUCUGGAUCCUGUGCAGCUAGAGGCAACUCUGCUGAGGUCAAAGGCUUUGCUGAGCGAUGUGGAGAAGCGGCGCUCCCUGCUCGAGAUGCUGAACAGCGCGGCCGACAUCCUGAUAGAUGUGUCUCAAACUGACGAGGACGAUGUUCGUGAUGAGAAGGCUGGGGUCAAUCAGAAGAUGGAUGCCAUCACAGAAGAGCUGCAAGCCAAGACAGGCUCUAUUGAAGAAAUGUCCCAGAGGCUCAAAGAGUUUCAAGAGAGCCUCAAGAACAUUGAGAAGAAGCUAGAAGGGGCUAAGCACCAGCUGGAGAUCUAUGACGCGCUAGGGCCGCAGGCCUGCAGCACCAAGAACCUGGAGAAGCUCAGAGCACAGCAGGAGGUGCUGCAGGCCCUUGAGCCACAAGUGGAUUAUCUGAAAAACCUCACACAGGGUCUAAUAGAAGAUGCCCCAGAAGGCUCUGACUGCUCCCAGCUCUUGUGCCAAGCUGAAGUGGCUCAGCAAGACUUCAAAGCUGUGAAGCAGAGAGUGAACGACUGCUGUACGCUCAUGGAAAACAAGCUCGAAGGGAUCGGCCAGUUCAAUAACCGGGUCAGGGAGAUGUUCGCUCAACUGGCGGAUCUUGAUGAUGAGCUGGACAGCAUGGGCCCCAUUGGGAGGGACUCUGACAGCCUUCAGUCUCAAGCAGAGGAUGUUCGUGCCUUCCUGGGCAAACUGCAGCGUCUGAAGGGCGACAUUGAAGCUUCCGAAAGCGAAUGUAAGAAAAUGCUGGAGGACGAAGGCAGCCCUGAUCUCCUAGGCCUGAAGCGUGAACUGGAGACGCUGAAUAAACAGUGCAGCAAACUGACCGAGAGAGGCAAGAACCAUCAAGAGCAGGUGGAGACGACGCUGUCUCGCGUCGAGGACUUUUACGGCAGGCUGAAGGAGCUGACCCACAUGACGGCGGCGGCCGAGGAGCACGAGGCGCUGCAAUGGGUGGUGGGCACGGAGGUGGACAUCAUCAACCAGCAGUUGGCCGACUUUAAGACGUUCCAGAAGGAACAAGUGGAUCUUCUCCAGUUGAAACUGAAGCAAGUGAAUGGAGUUGCUCAAGGGCUCAUCCAAAGUGCAGGCAAAAACUGCGAUGUGCAAGGGCUGGAACAUGACAUGGAGGACAUCAACAGCCGCUGGAACACCCUCAACAAAAAGGUGGCCCAGAGGACUGCGCAGCUCCAGGAGGCCCUGUUGCACUGCGGCAAGUUCCAGGAUGCCCUGGAGCCCUUGCUGAGCUGGCUGGCGGACACCGAGGAGCUCAUCUCCAACCAGAAACCCCCCUCGGCCGAGUACAAGGUGGUGAAAGCCCAGAUCCAGGAGCAGAAGCUGCUCCAGCGGCUCCUGGACGAUCGCAAGGCCACGGUGGAGAUGAUCCAGGCCGAGGGUGGGAGGAUAGCGCAGUCAGCCGAACCGGCAGACAGGGAGAAGAUCCUCUGCCAGCUGGAGAGCCUGGAAAAGCGCUGGGCUGGGCUGCUCAGCAGGGCAUCCGGCAGGCAGAAACAGCUGGAAGACAUCCUGGUCCUGGCCAAGCAAUUCCAUGAAACCACGGAGCCCAUUUCGGACUGGCUCUCGGUGACAGAGAAGAAGCUGGCCAACUCCGAGCCCAUUGGCACCCAGACGGCCAAAAUCCAACAGCAGAUCAGUCGCCACAAGGCCCUGGAGGACGACGUGGCGAGGCAGGCGGCCGCGGUGGAGCGCGCCGUGGCCGUGGGGCAGCGGCUGGCCUCGCUGAGCUGCGCCGCCGAGCAGCGGCUGCUGGCCGAGCGGCUCGAGGCGCUGCGGGGCCGCCACGGCGAGAGCCGCGCGCGCGCCGCCCGCAAAGCCGCGCUGCUCCGGCAGGCGCUCGCCAACGCCAGGCUCUUUGGGGAGGAGGAGGUGGAAGUGCUCAACUGGCUGGCCGAGGUCGAGGACAAGCUCGCCUCGGUCUCGGUAAAGGAUUUCACGCGGGACGUCCUGCAGAAGCAACAUGCCGACCAGCUGGCUCUGAACGAGGAGAUUUUGAACCGCAAGAAGAACGUGGACCAAGCCAUCAGAAACGGACAAGCUCUUCUGAAGCAAACCACUGGCGAGGAAGUGCUGCUAAUCCAGGAGAAGCUGGACGGGAUCAAGACUCGCUAUUCGGACAUCACUGCGAGCAGCUCGAAGGCGCUCCGCACGCUCGAGCAGGCUCGGCAGCUGGCCACCAAGUUCCAGUCCACGCACGAGGAGCUCAACAACUGGAUGAGCCAAGUGGAGGAAGAGCUGGUGUCCAGCGGGGAACAGUCGCCAGCGGGCGAGCAGAUCCCCCAGUUCCAGCAGAGGCAGAAGGAGCUGAAGAAGGAGGUCAUGGAGCAUCGGCUUGUCCUAGACACCGUGAACGAGGUGAGCCGCGCGCUCCUGGAGCUCGUUCCCUGGCGAGCCCGCGAAGGGCUGGACAAGCUCGUGUCGGACACCAACGAGCGCUACAAGCUGGUCAGCGACACCAUCAAGCAGAGAGUGGAAGAAAUAGACGCCGCUAUUCAGAGAUCCCAAAAGUACGAGCAGGCGGCCGACGCGGAGCUCGCCUGGGUGGCCGAGACCAAGCGCAAGCUCAUGGCCCUGGGACCCAUUCGCCUGGAGCAGGACCAGACGACAGCCCAGCUGCAGGUGCAGAAGGCUUUCUCCAUUGACAUUAUUCGGCACAAAGACUCUAUCGAUGAGUUGUUCAGCCAACGCAACGAGAUUUUGGGGACGUGUGGGGAAGAGCAGAAAGCCGUUCUCCAGGAGAAAACGGAGUCCCUGGUGCAGCAGUACGAAGACAUUAGCCAGCUCAACUCGGAGCGCUACGCUCGCUUGGAGCGCGCCCAGGUCUUGGUGAACCAGUUCUGGGAGACCUACGAAGAGCUGAAUCCGUGGAUUGAGGAGACGCAAGCCCUAAUUUCACAGUUGCCCCCUCCAGCUAUUGAUCCUGAGCAGCUCAAGCAGCAGCAGGAGGACAUGCGGCAACUGCGCGAGUCGAUCGCGGAGCAUAAGCCUCACAUUGACAAGCUGCUGAAAAUUGGACCGCAGCUUAAGGAGCUGAACCCGGAGGAAGGGGACAUGGUGCAGAAGAAGUACGCCACGGCGGAGGCCAUGUAUGCCAGGAUCAAGGAGGAGGUGUGCCAGCGGGCCAUGGCCCUCGACGAGGCCGUCUCACAGUCCACCCAGAUCAUGGAGUUCCACGACAAGAUCGAGCCCAUGCUGGAGACGCUGGAAGCGCUGUCGUCGCGGCUGCGCAUGCCGCCCCUCAUCCCCGCCGAGGUCGAGAAGAUCCGCGAGUGCAUCAACGAGAACAAGAACGCCACCGUGGAGCUGGACAAGCUGCAGCCCUCCUUCGAGGCCCUCCGGCGCCGCGGCGAAGAUCUCAUUGGGAGAUCGCAGGGGGCAGACAAGGAUCUGGCGGCUAAAGUAAUCCAGGAUAAGCUGGAUCAGAUGGUCUUCUUCUGGGAGGACAUCAAAGCUCGGGCCGAGGAGCGUGAAAUGAAGUUCGUUGACGUCCUGGAGCUCGCAGAGAAGUUCUGGUACGACAUGGCAGCCCUCCUGACUACCAUCAGGGACACGCAGGACAUCGUGCAUGACUUGGAGAGCCCAGGCAUUGAUCCAUCCAUCAUCAAGCAGCAGGUGGAAGCAGCAGAGACUAUUAAAGAGGAGACGGAUGGCUUGCAUGAAGAGCUGGAGUUCAUUCGCAUCCUUGGAACAGAUUUAAUUUUUGCCUGCGGCGAAACCGAGAAACCAGAAGUGAAAAAGAGCAUUGAUGAGAUGAACAACGCAUGGGAAAAUCUAAACAAAACUUGGAAGGAACGGCUUGAAAAGCUCGAAGAAGCCAUGCAGUCAGCAGUGCAGUACCAGGACACGCUCCAGGCAAUGUUUGACUGGCUGGACAAUUCUGUGAUUAAACUCUAUAACAUGUCACCUGUUGGCACAGACCUCAACACAGUUAAGGAGCAAAUGAACGAGAUGAAGGAGUUUAAAAUGGAGGUUUACCAGCAGCAGAUCGAAAUGGAAAAGCUUAAUCAUCAAGGUGAACUGAUGCUAAAAAAAGCUACCGAUGAGACAGAUAGAGACAUCAUAAAAGAGCCACUGACAGAGCUGAAACAUCUCUGGGAGAAUUUGGGCGAGAAAAUUGCUCACAGACAGCAUAAGCUGGAAGCUGCUCUUCUAGCACUUGGCCAGUUCCAACACGCAUUAGCAGAGCUGAUGGCCUGGCUAACCCACACGGAGGAGCUGCUGGAUGCACAGAAACCCAUCAACGGAGAUCCCAAAGUCAUUGAGGUGGAACUCGCAAAGCACCAUGUGCUGAAGAACGACGUCUUGGCCCACCAAGCAACCGUGGAGACAGUGAACAAAGCGGGCAACGAGCUCCUGGAGUCGAGUGCCGGAGACGAUGCCAGCAGCCUGCGAAACCGCCUGGAGACCCUGAACUCCUGCUGGGAGGCAGUGCUGCAGAAGACAGAGGAGAGGGAGCAGCAGCUGCAGUCGACCCUUCAGCAGGCCCAGGGUUUCCAUGGUGAGAUUGAAGACUUCCUCCUGUGGCUAACGAGGAUGGAGAGCCAACUGUCCGCGUCCAAAUCCACGGGAGGUCUGCCAGAAACUGCCCGGGAGCAACUCAAUGCCCACAUGGAGCUGUACGGCCAGCUCAAGGCCAAGGAGGACGUGUACAGCCAGCUGCUGGCCAAGGGACGCCUGAUGCUGUUGAACCGCGAUGACUCGGGCUCCGGCUCGAAGACGGAGCAGAGUGUGGCACUGCUGGAGCAGAAAUGGGGCCUGGUCAGCACCAAGAUGGAGGAGAGGAAGGCGAAGCUGGAGGAAGCCCUCGCCCUGGCCACGGACUUCCAGAAUUCCCUCCAGGACUUCAUCAACUGGCUCACAUUGGCGGAGCAGACCCUGAACGUUGUGCCCCCACCCAGCCUCAUCCUCAACGCGGUGCUGGCCCAAAUCGAAGAGCACAAGGUGUUCGCCAACGAAGUGAAUGCUCAUCGGGACCGGAUCAUUGAGCUGGACCAAACUGGGAGCCAGCUGAAGUUUCUCAGUCAAAAGCAGGAUGUGGUCCUGAUAAAGAACCUUCUGGUGAGCGUCCAGUCGCGCUGGGAGAAGGUUGUGCAGCGCUCCGUUGAGAGAGGCCGAGCUCUUGAUGAUGCCAGGAAACGAGCCAAGCAGUUCCACGAAGCUUGGAAAAAACUGGUUGAUUGGCUGGAAGAUGCAGAAAAUCACCUGGACUCUGAGCUGGAGAUCUCCAACGAUCCUGACAAGAUCAAGCUGCAGCUCUCCAAGCACAAGGAAUUUCAGAAGACGCUUGGUGGAAAGCAGCCCGUCUAUGACACUACAAUCAGGACUGGCAGAGCCCUCAAAGAGAAGGCCUUGCUUUCAGAUGACACUCAAAACCUGGACAAUUUGCUAGGAGAAGUCCGGGAUAAAUGGGAUACUGUGUGUGGCAAGUCUGUAGAAAGGCAACACAAGCUUGAAGAAGCCCUCUUGUUCUCUGGCCAGUUCAUGGAUGCUCUACAAGCUUUGGUGGACUGGCUGUACAAGGUGGAACCACAAUUAGCUGAAGAUCAGCCUGUCCACGGCGACCUGGAUCUGGUCAUGAACCUGAUGGAUGCUCAUAAGGUCUUCCAGAAGGAGCUGGGGAAGCGCACGGGGACGGUUCAGGUGCUCAAGCGCUCCGGACGGGAGCUCAUCGAGAACAGCCGCGAUGACACGACCUGGGUGAAGGUGCAGCUACAGGAACUGAGCAACCGCUGGGACACCGUGUGCAAGCUGUCUGUGUCCAAACAAACUCGCCUGGAACAGGCCUUGAAGCAGGCCGAGGAAUUCCGGGCCGCCGUGCACUUGCUGCUGGAGUGGCUCUCGGAGGCCGAGCAGAGCCUGCGCUUCCGCGGCGCGCUCCCCGACGACGCCGAGGCGCUGCAGGGCCUCAUCGACGUUCACAAGGAGUUCAUGAAGAAAGUGGAGGAGAAGAGAGCCGAUGUGAACGCGGCAGUGGCCAUGGGAGAGGUGAUCCUGGCCGCGUGCCAUCCUGACUGCAUCACCACCAUUAAACACUGGAUCACCAUCAUCCGUGCGAGAUUUGAGGAGGUUCUCACAUGGACCAAGCAGCACCAGCAGAGGCUGGAGUCUGCGCUCUCGGAGCUGGUGGCAAACGCAGAGCUUCUUGAAGAGCUCCUGGCCUGGAUCCAGUGGGCUGAGACGACCCUGAUCCAGCGGGACCAGGAGCCAACGCCACAAAACAUUGAUCAGGUCAAAGCUCUCAUCACUGAGCACCAGUCCUUUAUGGAGGAGAUGACGCGGAAGCAGCCGGACGUGGACCGGGUCACCAAAACGUACAAGAGGAAAGCGACGGAGCCCGCGCACGGGCCCUUCAUCGACAAGUCCCGCAGCAACCGAAAAUCAUUGAGUCAAGCCGCUCCCCCCACCAUGCCCAUCAUCUCCCAGUCGGAAACAAAGAACCCCCGGAUCAACCAGCUCUCAGCGCGCUGGCAGCAGGUCUGGCUGCUGGCCCUGGAGCGCCAGCGCAAACUCAACGAUGCCCUGGACCGUCUCGAGGAGCUGAAGGAGUUUGCCAACUUUGACUUUGACAUCUGGCGCAAGAAGUACAUGCGCUGGAUGAACCACAAGAAAUCCCGCGUCAUGGACUUCUUCCGGCGCAUUGACAAAGACCAAGAUGGCAAGAUCACCCGGCAGGAAUUCAUCGAUGGCAUCCUGGCCUCCAAGUUCCCCACCACAAAGCUGGAGAUGACCGCGGUGGCUGACAUCUUUGACCGUGAUGGUGACGGCUACAUCGACUACUACGAGUUUGUGGCUGCUCUGCACCCGAACAAGGACGCCUACCGCCCCACGACCGACGCGGACAAGAUCGAAGAUGAGGUCACCAGGCAAGUGGCCCAGUGCAAAUGUGCCAAGAGGUUUCAAGUGGAGCAGAUCGGCGAGAACAAAUACCGGUUUGGUGAUUCCCAGCAGUUGCGGCUGGUCCGUAUUCUGCGCAGCACUGUGAUGGUUCGAGUUGGUGGAGGAUGGAUGGCCCUGGAUGAAUUUUUAGUGAAAAACGAUCCUUGCAGAGCACGAGGCCGAACCAACCUCGAGCUUCGGGAGAAGUUCAUCCUGCCGGAAGGGGCUUCCCAGGGGAUGACGCCGUUCCGCUCGCGAGGCCGGAGAUCGAAACCGUCCUCGCGGGCAGCCUCGCCGACGCGCUCCAGCUCCAGCGCCAGCCAGAGCAACCACAGCUGUGCAUCCAUGCCCUCAUCUCCAGCCCCGCUGGCCAGCGGUGCCAAGACUCCACAUCACUUCUCUCGAUGUUAUGACAAACCCUGGUUGAUAAACAGUAAAGCGGGCACCCCUCUGAGGGGAUACGAUUACCCCGACCUCCAGCUCCCCAGCGCCGAGGUGACGCCGCCGGCGAGCAGCAAGCUCAAGAGACCCACGUUCCACUCGAGCCGCACGUCGCUCACGGGCGACCUCAGCGCCAGCUCCUCGCCCGGCGCCGCCGGCGCCAAGACCAGCCGUCCAGAUUCCAAGAAAGCGGCGAGCCGCGCCGGGAGCCGGGCGGGAAGCCGGGCGGGAAGCCGGGCCAGCAGCCGCCGCGGCAGCGACGCCUCCGACUUCGACCUGCUGGAGACGCAGUCGGCCUGUUCGGACACGUCGGAGAGCAGCGCGGCCGGCGGCCAGCGCCGCGCGCUGCCCAAGCCCUCCAAGAUCCCCACCAUGUCCAAGAAAAGCGCCACUGCCACCCCGAAAACACCGGGCCCCAAGAGAUAAUAUUGUCCCCACGCCCUCCUCCGAGAAGGAAACCGGCACCACCACCGACAACAAUAAAUCCAACCUGUGUUCGAUUUUUAACUCUGCUACGUACGUUGGAUGUAUAUUUAUUCUAAACAGGAGAAAUUAUAUUGUUAAAAGUGUAAAAGAAUAAUUGUGUUAUGAAGCUGCCUUAUUUGUUCUUUUUCU